CUGUCACACCACCAUCUAUUCUUUCUUUUACUGUAGCACCACGCUAAUAUUGUUUACAUUCAACCAGGGAAGGAGCGACACAGUACAUUUCUCCAUCUCGGCGGCGGUUGCGGCUGAGGCUAAAGAUGAGAUUUUGCCAUUUUCGUCGUCUAGAGAGCACAACCAUCGUUACCUUCGCGCUCCUAUUCGUGCUUUCAUUGUUUCCAAACCGCGCUGUUGGUGACAAAUCGGCCGAUGCUUUCGUUCAGAACGCGGUUUACUCCAACAAGAUCACUAUAUUUUCUAAAUCUUACUGUCCAUACUGCAAACGCGUGAAAAGGAUAUUCAGUGAACUUAACGAGAAACCAUUUGUUGUGGAACUUGAUCUUCGAGAUGCAGAUGAUGGGAGUGAAAUUCAAAAUGUUCUUCUGAAUUUGGUUGGCCGACAAACUGUUCCACAAGUUUUUGUGAAUGGAAAGCAUAUUGGUGGUUCAGAUGAUACCAUGAAAGCACUUUCUAACGGUCUACUUCAUAAACUUCUAAAGAAAAACCAAUGACAUCUUACACCGUUGAUUGCAACUUAACUUUAUGUAGAAGCCUGAUCUGAUUUUUUUUUUUAAACUAUGGGUUCAUUUGGGAUAGCUUUUUUACUGCUUUUUAAAGUAGUUUUUUUAAACAAAAAUUUUAAUUUUGUACUGAAAAACUUCUUUAAAAGAUAGUAAAAAAGCUAUCUCAAAUGAAGCAUAUAUCUAUUUGCUAACAAAGCAGCAUACUGUACUCGUUUCUCGGUUUAAUGAACAUUUUAUGUAUGGGAUUAUAAUUGUUAAUUUUGAAUCUUUUUCUUAAGAUGUAAAUUGUUUCGAGAGUUGCAGACUGAGAAAAAGAUUGAACAGUAUUUCCAAUGGCAUUAUGCGUUGCAGUUGUUAUA